UCUCAACAAAACCUUAUUGACACGGCUGUAAACUUAAAAUUCGAUGUUUUAAGUGGGGAUGUGAAGAUUGGCCACCCGCCAGACGUCGGGAACAUCAAUGAUUGACACACGCUUCAACUGUCGUCUGCUUUGGUUUUACUCUGCGGUGUCCACCAAAAAUGGUUUCUUGUGCACGUUUGUUUCUUCGAUCAUUUUCAUCAAUUAAUUGACAAAGUGAUCGUUAAUAGUUGAUUGUUUUAAACUUUCCUGUUUAACUGCAUCGUGUGAAUGUUUGAUCAAAUUCAGAUGGGGUAAACGAAGAGCUGACCACCCCUACAGAAAUGGUACCGUCCAGGAAAGAUACAUACAGUGGUAGAGCAGAUGUUAGCGAGAAGUUGGAUCUACUUGUGGAAAGAGGGAAUAGCUACGUAUGCUAUAUGUUAGAAGGUGGGUGAUAUUUAACGACUCCACUAGGGUUUUAAUAGACAAUGCCUGCACGAAAUCCAAAUUGCUGUGAGCGGUUUCUAAAAUGCUUGUCUCACGUGCCUUGUGCCUCUCUGAUCGCAUGGAUUAUCUUGUUGUUGGGAUUAGGUGGAUUAACAGGAAGUCUUCUCAUUGGGUCGCGCAAAACACGUGAUCUUCUGAAUAACCAACCGUUACUAUGGUUUAUGGACUUUACUUUAAUUGGAGUGAUCGUGUCCAUGUUUGUAUUGGGAACAGUGUUUCUGAUCAUUGGUCACAUCUCCUCGGAACCUACCAGUCGCCGUGUUUUUAACUCCUCCAGUAAAAACAGAUGUGCUCGUGGUCUCAACAUGGGAUUCCUGUCAUUUGUAUAUUUUCUGACUGUUUGUUGGAUUCUGGCAUCUGCUUUGUUAUUCAUUCCUCUUGUCAUGUUGGGUAUCUUGUACUAUGUAACAGAGUAUGAUGGCCUCACUAGUCUCAACCUCAAAUAUUAUGGCUUUGAAGACAGACACCUUGAUGGUGAAACACUUGAUGAGUUCAUGAUGCAGGCUAAAGACGUCCUUAUUUGUUAUAGCUGUGCGUACGUCUCUUCGUUACUAGUAGUCAUUAGCAUGAUUCAUUUCCUAAUUUCCAUAACAGCAAACAUUACCCAUCUAACAGACAACCGGUUUGCUGCCCUCAACGCUUAUGAGCCCGGUGAAGAGAUGAGGAAUUCAAAACAUUCAGUCUUAGACACCAAUAUGUAAUACGCUGGUUGGAGUUAUAUGUUAUAUAUAAUUUGUGCAAUAUUGUUGGGUGGUACGUUUAUAAGACACUUUUAAAACCACAAUGGAGAAAGAAAAGAAAUAGCUAGUGAAAUGAUCAGUUGCAUAGACCAACACAUAAUCUCCAUUCUACAUCAUACACCAUGUGUUCAACCAUUCAAAAAAAAAAAUCGCUAAUGGAAAAGAAUAUAUAUGUUAAAAAUGGGUGUUGGCCCAGUGUUCCGUCACUCUGAGCAUUGGAUUAAUAAAUUGAAAGAAUGGAUUAAGCAUAUUGGAUCAAAUUAAAUUGAUAUUUUCUAAAGGAAUGGAUUUACUUGUACUGUUUUCUUCAAGACUGUAAUAUGUUUCUUUUUACUUUAAAAAGAAAAAAAAAUAUUUUUAAUUAUUUUGCUUUGUGCCUAGUUGUGGACCAAAUUUUAGCUUUUUGUUUUUAGCUGCCUUGUGCUACUAUGGGACUAAUGAAGGGCAGCAUAUAAUUAAAAUUAGUGUCAUGUGUCCGAUUAUCAGUGAAUACAUAAUUAUGACAUUUAGGAAAUUUUGGAUAGUGAAUUAUGGUAACAAUACUUCAAAAAUCAUUAAUUAGCUUUUCUCUUUGUGUGCUCAACUUGUAUAUCAAUUACCAUCUUAUUAUGCAAAAAAAAAAAAAACUUUAAUAAAAAAAUUAAUAAUUAAAAAAAAAAUGAAUUGUCGGCCAACAUGUAGUUUUAAUUAUUUAAAUUUGUUACUCAGUACUUGAUUAAUACUCGAUUUUAAACCACUGGGGAGCUCAGUUUUAUGAUUAUGCUGUAGGAGUUAUUUCCCUUGAAAUGGGACCACCAGUCCACCAUUCAGAUAAAAUUCUUCUAUUGAUAGAUAUUGCACUGGAAUGGUCUUGACCAUGAGCGUCUAUUAUUAGGCAUUAUUAUGUCCUGUCUUUCCGUAUUCCUAUAAACACCUUAUACAAUUUUAUAAAUAUAACAAUUAUUUUGAGGUUGGAACUGAAUCUAAUCACAAUUAAUGUUUUUCAUGGUUUUGUUUUUAAAAUUUCAAAACCUUCCUGUGCCAUCUCUAUAUAGUACCCUAUUGAGACAUGUUUAUUAUUUCUUUCUUGUUCCUGUUUUUUUAAAUGUGAGAAAUUAGCUGGAGUUGUCUUAGUUUUGGUUAUAAUGAUUUACAACAAAGUCACAAUCAACAAAAAAUCAAAUGCUAGGAGGUUAAAGUUUGAUUGGAUGUGUAUACCGUAAUGAAUUAAUCGAAGAGUUAUUGAAACUCUUGAUUUGAUCUUUAAUGCCAGGUGGGUGACAUGUAAACAUGACUAGCAUAAUGACCUUUCAAGAUAAAUGCUCAAAAUCUUUAAAAUAUUUCUCAAUUUUUUUUUUAAAUUUUUUUUUUAAUAAUUGUAAACUUGCAAAUGUGUAGACCAUUGAAAAAAAAUGAAAGACAGGAAAUGAAUUUGCCAGAAAAUUCUUGCCACUCACAUUAUUUCUAAACAUAAACAUUUCAGUAUUAGGCCCUUAUUGUAAUGUUGAGAGAAAAUUCAUCAGCGAUCUUUCAACUUAAGUUAUUCAAAAGCAAUAAUAUUCUAAUCACCAUUUUGUAUUGUAAAAUAAGUCUGACAAGUGGCAAGUCAGGAACAAUAUGGAGUUCCAUUUUAUAAUAUAAGAAAAAGUCGAAAAACACUAUUUCAUUUUUUUCUCAUUUCAUUAUUUCUAGUCCAUUUCAUAAGUUAGUUAUUAUAUAUAUAAAUAAUGAGAUAUUAAUUUUUGUAAAUGUUCAAGUUCAUAAUUAGCUCAAUAUGUUAGUAAGUUAUUGCAUUAAUUACUAGUUUUACAGUAAUUAUUAUAAUAUAAUCAUGUUUCAUAUUUUAACUGUAUACUAAAUACGAUAUAAAAUGUGUUUUAUUUUGUGCUAUAAAUGAAUAUCCAUAAACAGGCCUAUUAUUAUAAAUCUUUGUAUAAGUAGUCAAUUUAAGUGUAGAUUUUAAUGCUUUUAAAUAUAUGUUGUAAUUACAAAUUAGCUUUCAUAUAUAAAAUGCUUAAUAGUGCAUGUAUAUUAUUAGUAACAUCAUGUAGCAAAAUCAUAAUUAAACAUCUAAUUAAACCUCACUUUUGAAAAGGAAAAUACUAUAAUUGUAGGUUAUUUCUAGGAGUCGUAUUCAAAGAGAUCAAUAAAAGUCAAAGGAAGGACUUUUUAUAUUAUAUCAUGAUCGGAACAUAAUAUUCAUAAUGAUAAACAUCUAAUUAUUUUAAUAUAGUAACAUCAUGUUUUUAGAAUUAAUUUAUGCACAAGUUUCGUCAUCUAGUUUCUAGUAAUUUGAAUAUUUACAAGAAGAACCUAUGUAAUAUAUGGAAGUAUGAUAUCAUGAAGAAAAAGAACUAUAUUCUAAUAUAAUCAUGUGUAUAUAAUUAUUACUAUUAAUAACAAUUAUAAUAUAUUAUUAAACUGUAGACAGGUCAAACUGUUCAUUUUAUAUUCAAAUUCAUUUGUAUGAUAUAGGACCAUCUGAAUAUUAUUUAUGAAUAUUAUCUCUAAGUCAAUACCGUAGUAAUUAAUUGAGAAAAAACAAUCAACGAUUAUCCCAAACGAAUCGAAAGCUUUGAUUAAAUUGGUGACGGGAUGCAUGCAAUCCAUACACCUCUACUGAGUGCGCUAAAGGGAAUUUCCCCACGCUAAAGGGAAUUCCCCACACAGGACAGAGUAAUCUUGGUUUCCCUAGAUAUACAAUCACACAGCACACCACAUAUUUAUAUCCCUGCUACAAAAGCUUAUUACCUGUAAACUAUAAAUUCUUGUUAAAAAUAUAGGAUUAGAAGCUAUGAAGUAAGUUUACAAUUAUAAUGAACACUCAUGAAUGCUAUGAGAUCAUUUAGACAAAUAUUUUGGAUUAUGUAUCAGCAAUUCUUAAUUGUAUUAGAGAUAAUAUUUAUUUUUCUAUUAUUAAUACAAUGUUGAUUGUUAUUGUUUUAUUAGUAGUUAGUGUUGAUUAUGUAAAUUCUUGUUAAUGUUUGUGUAAAUAUGUCUCCAUUAAAAACUAUUACAUAAAAUUAAUUAAAAAUCUUAUAAAAUACAGAGUUAUAGAUAUAGAAUCGAAAAAUUUGGAACAACUAGACCAAGAAUACUCAUUAACCAUUUGUAUCUGUUAUUAGAAAUGAUAAAACUUGAAUUAUAGGUCUUAAAAUGCAAUUUGAGGAUUGUAUUAAAACUGGGCAAGUCUUCAAUUUAUAUGCUCAGAAGACAAUGUCUAUGGUAUGGUAGCUCAAUUUCUUCCCAAAUCAUGGAUCAUAUCUACAACAAUUCCUUCAAUAGGGCAAUUGUGUCACUGCUUAAAAUCAUUAUUUGGGUAAGCUUGCAUCCAAUGUCCAGAUGAGUAAAAUAUUAAUACAUAUUUUCUCUAUUAGCACAAUGAUUGAUAAUUACUUUAUAUCACUGGUGGGGUUCUAAUUCUAGUCGAUUUAUUUCAAUCAACAUAUUGACAUACAGGGAGGGAUAAAAACUGAACAAAAUUAUUUUAAGAAGGUACAUGUUUAUUAAUUAAGAAAAUUAUAAUAAUUAUCAAAAUACAAUGAGGUAUCUGAAAAAAUGUUGUAAAUAAUGGCUGUCAUGGUAUUAUGUCGGCAAAAAUAAUUUAAGAUUCAUGUUGGCAUGUGUUUCUCCUAUUAUAUUUUUUAUUCAUUGAGAGGUUCAGUUGUAAGUGUAAGUCUAAAGCCUAUACAUUCAAAGCCUAAAAACUGAUAAAUAUUUUGAUUGCAGGGAUCUAGAAUCCCACCAAUGAUAAAACUAUGGUUAAAUGUUAUGUUUGCCUUUUAUAAUGUUAGCUUUUUAUAUGGUUUAAAAAUCUGUUUCACUGUUUUUAAUAUUAAUAGUGUUAUAUUAGUAGCCUAUAUAUUUUAUUAUAAAACUAGUUACUCAGUUUGACAUAUUCUAAAUUAUUUUUACUGAUAUUAAAGUAUUUUAUAAAGGAAUGAAGUUAAUAAAAUUUCAAAUUUUGCAAAUAUGGUAAGGGAUAGUUAGUUGAACAGCAGUAAAAUAUGAUUCCAAAGUGGUCAUUUAAGUAGAUUUUGUUUUUCUGUGGGUUAAUACUGAAAGACAGGGCAUGGAUUAAGAAGGAAUCUGUGGGUAUGGUAGGGGCUUAUGGGGCCACAUGCUAAUUUUGUGCAUAAAAUACAAACAUCAGGAUAUACCAUGCUCUAGAAAGCACCAUUUGCAGUAUCAUGCCAGGGAUAAAGAAUUCACACAAUCCAGUCCAUCCUUGCCAAAGAAACCAACCCUUUUAUUUAUACUUCAUUCCUUUAAAUUUGUCAAUCAUUCAAUCUCUCCUACUCGACUCUAAUCUCAUGUUUACCUGUAAUUCUACUGUGAACUUAUCUUUCUCUCGAGAUGGAAAGACAUUUGCAGUGGCAAACACAGAAUAUUUGGUUAGGCCCACCCCUCCAUGAAAAUUUAGACAUAUUGGGGUGUCAGUGAGGAUUUGUGGCGCAAGUGGACAUGAACAUAACAUUCAGUUUCAUCAGCCACAACCUAACUAUACUGCAACCAACAAAAAGAUCAAAUUUAUAGGUUUCACAGACAGAAUAUUACAAAAAAAAAAAUUAUACCUGAAUCCGCCACUGGACAUUUGAAUAUCAUAAUUAAAGACAUUGAAGGAUUUAACAUCAUCAACAUAAAAUAAAAACAUGAGAUAUCAAUUUGAAAUUACAUUUAGAUCAUGAUUGGAUUGUGGGUAAGAUAUGAACAAGAGUUGAUAUAAAUUAAUAAUUCAUUAAAGAGAUUUGGUAUUAGAUUUUUAAAAGGCAAAAAUAAUUAAAUUACCAAGAGUUUGUAUCACUUUGAAAACAACAGAUCUGAAGAAAAAAAAAAUAUAACUACUUCUUUAUUGUUUAUCAAUCAUCUCUUGUCAGUAAGGUUACUUCUUUAAAAAAAAUUGUUUUUAGACAGAGAAAAGGAAGUUUAAUUUACAGAGGACUUUAGAGCUUUGAUUAAUAUUGGGAAAAAAAAAAUCAAUCAGCAAAUUUUGUAAAAAAUCUCUUUAAUGUUGGUAGAAUUCAUGUCUUUUCUACAAAUAAUUUUAAAGCAUGUUUAUUGAAUUUCACGAUCAAUUUUUAUGAAGAAAAUGUCUGUAUUUUCCAUCAUCAAAUUCUCGUUUGUAAUAUCUUUUUUAUCUAGAAUUUUGUCUUUUAAGUAUGUGAAGUUGAAAUAAAUGUUUUCUAAAAUUA